UCCAGAGCGAGACGGGAGCAGACGUCACGUUUCUCGUGGACGGUGAGUCUUUUGCUGCGCACAAGCUCAUACUCGCCGCAAGGUCUCCUGUGUUUAUGGCCGAGUUCUUUGGAGACAUGAACGAGAAGUGCUCGCCAAGUGUGGAGAUUCAGGACAUGGAGGCUGCGGUAUUCAGGGCGUUACUGCAUUUCAUCUACACCGACACUGUGCCAGAAUUCGAACAGCAGGAGGACGCGGCGGAUGAGAAGGCCAUCUACGCUGACACGGAGUUCGGGAUUAAGGGGAUUAGUUUGGGGAUGGUAGAUGGCUAUAUACAAGCGGAAAAGGAAAGAAAGGAUAGAAAGGAUAUUAUAAGGUUGGGUUGUUUUAGAGAGAAGGAGGCGGCGGUGACGGUGAUGGCUCAGCAUCUACUUGCUGCUGCUGACAGGUAUGGACUGGACAGGCUCAAGCUCAUUUGUGUCGGUGAGCUCUCUGGUGGCAUCGAUGUGUUUACAGCAGCCACAACUUUAGCUUUAGCCGAGCAGCAUAACUGCCCAGAGCUCAAGGAGAGGUGUGUUCAGUUUAUUAUUAGAACUUCUGCCACUCUGGAUAUGGUGUUGCGAACCGAGGAGUAUAAGCACCUAGAGGCAAGCUGCCCUCUGGUCGUGAUUGAACUUUUCAAGGCUGCGCGUGAGAGAAGAAGUUGAAGUGUAUCUUAGUGAUUUGGGACCAAGAGUUGAUGUUGCAUGGUAUUG